AUGUCUGCUAACCAUGCCCCCUGGCUUUCCCAACUCAUUCAUGCAUCUACCCCAGAUCCUGUGGAAGCUGAAAUGGCUUCCUUAAGAGAGCAGCUGAUGCUCCUGUGCUGGCAGAGCCCAAUGAUCUGUACAAGUGAUGGACUGCAGAGGAAGUGGAAGCACAUGCAAAGGUGGAGCAAGAUGUUCAGAUGGGAGAGGAGGACCAUGGUGGAGCUUGGCAAUGAUGGUGCAGUGAAGAUGUCACACAUGGAAGUUCCGCAGCCAGCUCACAAGCACUCUUGGCAGACUGUUGCCAAGAGCGACAAAGAGCCUGCCUGGCCAAAGACCUGUAUCCCAGCUGUGGGUAUGAUCACCCACAAGGAGCCAUGCAUGCAGUGCACUCUGAAGGGGGUUUCUUGUACUGGAAUGUUGGGCAAGACCUGCGAUGCCUGCAUGAGGAUCAAGCAGGGCUGUGAAAAGUUGAGCAAAGCAGCAGGCAAGAAGGCACAAGCAGGCACAUCAGUUGUGCAAUCAAUGAAGGCCCCUAAGGCCAGUCCAUCAAAGUGGGGUCACAACAAUGACAAUGAUGAUGGCAUUGUGGAGGUGGUCAAGAGCAGGGCCCAUGGAAAAGGAAAGGCACUGGUGCAUGGUGGACUGGAUGACAAGACCACCACAGCUUUGUCUCAAGCACUGAUGAUGGUGAGGGCUGAGGCCAUGGCUUCGCAUGCAGCCACCAUGCAUUUGCAGGUCUGUGUAGACCAGCUCACAGAGGCCCUUGAAGACCUUGGCAUAGAGUAG